GCCAACUUUCGUCCGUUAACAAAAUCCGGCGUUCAAUUUCGCGACUCCCAAUUUUUCGACGUCGCACUUCUCAACCCUUUAUCUAAACCAUGUUAACUUGAACACCGAUUAUUAUAGAUAUUUGUCUCUCUUUCUCGUCGAGAAAUCGCACGCGAUUCAUCCCAACACGACGCGUUUCUUAACACAGCUGUGAUGGCCGGGCCGCGAAGGGCGCGUCUGCCCGUUGGCUCCGGGCCAUGGAUAUCAGAAGAACGAUCGUCUGCCAUGCAGAUUACUCAAUCGGAGGUGGAAGAAUUCUCUUUCUCGGCUAGGAACGACUUCGAUUGGUUAAACGAGCAUAUGGCAGAUAUAUUUAGUGAGAACCAGAUUAAUGUGGCAGAGAUAUUCAAGACUCCAGGUAAAUUAAGAGGCAAGACACCUCGAACUGUGCGCAAGAUAAACGCGGGAGAAGCUCGUAUUCCGCUCUCUGAUAUCUUUUCCGCCACACCUAAGGGAGCACCCAAUCCAUUUGCUAUACCUAAUAUCAACCGAAACAACUCACCCAGGAUCGAAAUUGCUGCUGAUCCUCAACCAUCGCCUUCUAAAAAAGCCGCGCCUGCGAGUCCCUUGAAGCACGUUGCUGCUCCGAAACCCGCAGCCCCAAAGCAACCCGCUUCUAUGAUUGAUUCCGGAUAUCAUGGUAGCCAGUCCCAAGACGCGAUGGACAUUGAUCACCCUAUCAUGGACGAUGAGGCAACGCUGCCAUUCAGCCAACAGGCAAACUCUCAGGAAGAUUAUAUGAACAUCCACUCCUCUGAUGAUCACCCUCAACUCGAUAGUUCAACUCGCCACUCAAUGAACCCUACAGUUGAGACAAACAUGGGUGAUGCCGAUACUCAAUAUUUCACCGCUCAUGUUGCCGCAACAGCUUCAUCUGCUAAAAUUGAUGUCCACCACGAGAGUACUACACCUGCUGGUUCUCCUUUGCGAUCCCCUAGCCAUGCUUCACUGAGGAAAUCUCCCAUGAAGUCACCUGCUGCUACAUACAUGCUUUCUAGCCCCAGAGAGCAUGGUGCUGAAAUCGAUGCAAUGGAAACUGUACUUGAGGAGCCAUCGAGAUCCUCUUCGGAUAGUCCAAGUCCGAUUCGACCUAUUGUUCGAAAGAGUAGUCUUAACUUUGCCUCCUUGCCUGAAAGGCAACCUAUCACCCAGAAGAGCAUAGGUAACCGUGUAUCACGAACUAGCCACCUUGACCAGAACCGAACUAGUUACUAUAACCGAUACACCGGAGGAAAAAGUUUGGGACGCGCUAAGCACGAUCUUACGGACGAGGAGAAUGAUGACAUGGAUAUCGAUGACGAUGCCGAUGAUGAUGUCGACGAUCCUUUCACUGGGAAGUCUCAAUCACAGGCAGUGCAGGAUAACGCGACCGUGCACAAUAAAACAUAUACCCAACGGCUUCAGGACCAGAUCAGCAAACUAGGCCAGCCGCAAACACAGGCUUCUCGAUCUUCGAAAUCGAUUCCGGAUCAGUCUGUUGCCCAAUCAAUGGUUCCUACAACUCAGGCCUCGCAGUCUUCGUCCCAAACAAAGCCGUUACCUCCGCUGAAGCAUACUACAACGACACCGGGUAGCUUCCCAACGGAUGAUGAAGAUGAUUGGAUCCAGCCACUUGGAACACCCGAGAAUGCUUCGGACGCUCGUAGUCCGCGGCCGGGAUUAGCUAAGAGUUACACCGCGGAUGUAAUGGAGGGUGUGUCUGGCAAGAUGACCGUUGGCGGAGGGGAUUUCGCUGUACCGAAAACUCGCCAACCACAGAAUAACCCCAAGUCUCCUGAGCGCCCAUCAGCUUUAGAACAGACAGGCAAGGCUCUAGGCCACCACAAAUCUGUAUCUGUUCCUGUAUUGCCAUUUCAGGGAUCCACAGAUGGCGAAGAUCUUAGUCUUAAGAAGACCAUCUCGGUAUCUAACCCCUCUCUGGCCAUUGUUCCUGAAACAGAGGGGCCUACCACGCCUAUGAAGUCGCCAUCGCGUGGCUUCAAGGAUAGCCCAUUGAAGCAGGUUAAGAACAAGUUGUCGUCAAUUCUCAAGAGUUCGAAGGGCCUGCUGGCAAGUAGCGCUGCCAUCAGUGCCGAAGGUAAAACCUCGCUUCUGUCACCAUCCACCACUCGAUUAGGUCUACACACUAUCGCUUCUUCCGAGUCUCUUGCAUCCCCUCGUAGAAUGGAGGCGCAACCCCUUUACCCAGACUUGUCUCGCCAUGCUACAGAACAGACUAUAGCAAGCGUUGCUAGUCCAACGCGCACAGAUAGUCGACGAACCAGGGCCUCGAUAGAGCGCGAGAAGGCCGAGGAAAAGCGAAAGGAAAGGGAGGCUAAGGAAGCGCGACGUAUGGCUGAGCAGAUGGAAAAGUUAGAGAAAGCUCGCGAGAAGGAACGUGAGAAGGCCCGCGUGUUUAGUAAGGAGCAAGAAAGAGUCGCUGCGAUGGAGAAGCAGCUUGCUACCCAGAAGGAGCAAGAAAAGAAGACCAUGCAAACCCCGGCCAAUCCAUCGAAAUCAGGUCUUGCGAGCCCGCGUAAGCCUGUUAAGGCUCAGCCAGCCAUCGCCAGUUCCGACGAUAACCAGACAGACGACAUUGAUAUGCUCGACGCUCCUACCACUAUGCCGCCGCCCUCUGUGCCUCGGUCGGCUAUUCCUCCCCCCUCUGUUACCAAAGGUCGUGAGAUCAAGCGGCCUACAAGGCCUGCAAAGGAGCCAAUCGUUAAAUCUAAGCAGGCACCUACUGUCAUUCGCGUUAAUAUGGGUUCACAACAUCCACAGUAUCAACCUUCGAACAAUGCUCUAGCAUCAAGUCUUCACGAGACAUUGGCUCAGCCCCAAUCUAAGCUUAAGUCUAGCCAGCCUGCCCUACAGACCAAGCCCUCUUUACAGAGUUUGAAGAGCUCAACAUCUUCUUCGGGACGACCUAAAGCCCUUGAAGCGGCAGCACGAAGAAAAGAGCAAGAAGAACGUGAGGCACAACGUAAACGCGACGCUAAGGCGGAAAUAGAGCGAAAGAGAGCGGCCAUACAAGAGGAAGAGAGGCGUCAGGAACAACAGAGAAAGGCUGAGGCUGAGCGACAGAGAGAGGAAGAUCGAAAGCAGGCUGCGAUGCAGGCGGAGGCAAAGAAGAACGCACAGCGACAAGCUAUGCUCGAGAAGGCUAAGCAGACUAGAGCGCCUCCGCCAGCUGCUCGAAGUCAGCCAAAUGGCCCCCCGGACUAUAGUCGACCGCCUUCCCGCCUGGCCACGAACGCUCAGCGAUCUCAGGAAGAUGCUGGACGCCCGGUCAACGCGGUAUUGUCAACAGCAUCUAAAGCUAAUACGAAGCGACCUUUGCAGCCGGACCACAACGAUGAUGGUACUCGCCAGACCGCAGCUCGUGGUGGCACCACCUACCAGUCUAAGGAAUCCAAGCGAAUUCGUAUGACUGACGAAUUUGAUGACGAGGCUGAGAUGGAGAAGCAACCGAGUCUCAAGGGGGCACCUGUACGCCCCUCUGGCGGUUACAAGAAGGAGUUGCCGACGAAGUCCAUGUUCCAGUCCGGGUACGCGAAUGCCUCGCUGAACGGCAGUAGAGAUCUGUUCAAGGCUACCGUAACCAAUCAACACAAUAGUCAUAUGAAGGUCGCACAUCCGUUAGAUAUGACCCAGCUUUCUAAGGGCCCCAUCCCCUUUGCACCCAACCCUAAUGCGGCUGGGCCAUCUUACAAGACGCCUGCACGUCCUCAGGGAGUCGCGGGCGGUAAGUCCACCGCGAAGUCGGCAACACGAUCUUCUCCCCGGUUUCAGAACGGCGAGUCUAUUGAGCUCCCAGAGAUCAACACGGACGAUGAGGAUGAUAGCGAUGAGGGUGGUGGAGGUGAUAUGAUCGCUUCCUGGGCCGAUUCGCCUAAUCUCCGCCAAGCACUGGUCGAGCAAGAAGGCAUGGAUCCUUUCCAGGUAUUCGGAGCACCGGCCCCUCUUAACAUGGAGGAGGUGUUUGCCAAGAGCAAGGAUCGGUUCCACAAGUUCCGUGCCAGAACUUCCAGCGCGAACUGGAGCGGUUCUGACAGGCUUACGGAGGAAGACAUCCGCAAGGAUCUUGCUGCCAGAGACAAGCUACGACGCGAUGGUGGGUGGUCCUAUGAGAUGAGUCGGGAUAUGGUGUAAGGCUAGCCGUUGAGAGGUACUCAAAGAAGGGAUGAAAAGACUCGUCAGGGUUAAUGGUUAUUGCAUCACAAGGUGUUGUCGGUCGACUUUGAUCAUGAUACGAAGGAUUCGGCUACGAAAGUCGAGGGGUCUGGCGUUUAAGGCAUAUGACAUAUCAUUAUAACAUGUUGGUAAGGCUGGAUUAGUCUAUCUCCAUGUAGGAGAUCAGUGUAGG